AUGAACGUCCCCGACAAUGUCGACCGCAACAGCAUUAUCACCCUUGACGACAUCCUCGACGACGUUCCACGCGACCACCGUUUACAGAACUGGAUUUCAGAACAGUGUCGCUUUACAGUAACAGAGCACUCGCCGUCGUUGUCCCACACCCAACACCACCAGUCAGACUCGCUGUCAAGCAUAGAGUCAACUAUUCCCGCCAUACGUGCCGACUCUCCUUUGUUGGGCUUUCCUUCCGCGUCCGAAUGCGAUGCCUCACAUGAUCCUCUGCACUUUCCGUCUCCCACAUACGCGCGUGAUCUUCCACAAUUAGAGCCAGUAGUCGAAGUGGUCCAACAUUCUCCACACGAAACUGACGAAAGGCGGAUCGAAAACGUCGUAAAGACGCUUUCUCUAGACAAGCCUUUGCCUGCACCUCCAUCACGCGUCGGCCUGCCUCCGUCUUUUACGCGAUUGCCCUACCAGCCCAAACCAUUGGGACAUUCUCCCAGUUCUUCGCAAUCCUCGUCGAUUCAUUCACGUCAUUCUCAGGUCCAUCUGCCACAGGCACACACGCGCACCCCUUCAAAUAUGUCUCAAUCCUCUAUCUCGUCCACCAGAUUGGCGACACAGCAUGUGGCACGCCGUCCUUCUCUCGCACACCAACCCUCCCUUCCUCUACUUGGAGAGACAGCUGUCCUUUCGACACUCCCCUUUCCAAACUCUAUCGUUUCGCGGUCGCGUUCGCAUUCAGCUGCGUCCCUAUCUUCUCAACACGGCCCAUCUGCCAUUCAGUUCACGCAAUCGUCUCCCCUGCCCGCAUCAGCCGCUCCAACACGCAGACAGUCAUCCCAAUCUAGGUUUACUUCCAUCUCUUCCACCAUGUCAUUCUCCUCUGCCCACCCCUCAGAGUCCAGUAUUCGCAAUGCUGUGUAUUUCGACUCUCAAGAGGUCAGGUAUCGUUUGGAUUCACUGCUCGCCACCGCCACAUCCGCUCCCACACUUGGGCACACUGAUGAUGACGCACAAGAAAUCGAGAUUGGGCGGAUGAACACACAUUCGUCCACUCUUGCGCGCUCGAACGGUGUGCCUCCCAACACGCCUACGACAGCGUAUUACCGAACGCCGUAUGCCUCAUCAUCUCAGAUCUAUCUAGGAACGUCGUCCAGUAGCCAAUCGUUGGAAACAUCGCCUCUAGCUGAUGCGGCUCCGAUUCGACCUUCGGCGGCUCCGCCGCUGAUCGUCGACUCUUCUUCUGAUGAGUGCGCGGCCCACGGUGACAUCUCAACGCCAGGCACUUCUCCAGCCAUGUCAUCUCUUGACAAGGAUUACCGUCCCUAUGGAUACGAAGGCGCAUAUUACGAUGAGCUCGGUAUGCAAGAGCAUGAUCUUGCGCCUCCUACAUCGUCCAGGUGGUCGUUGACCUCUUCGACUCUCGACCUUUCUAGUCCAGAGGGCGCGGGGAGCAACAGAAAGAGCAUCCUCGGAGCGAAGGGCAAGAGGGGACGUCUUGCGUCAUUUAUCUCCAGGCUUUCAGGCGUUCCUCCUUCGGGCUCUAUAACUGGCACGUGGGAGCCGAUGCCUCCCACACCUUCGAAGGAAUACACGUCGAUUACGCCGACUAACGGUUUUCAUUUUGACGAUGGCGUACCUCCAACACCCACAGACGAUGAUAACGAUGACGGUCCCAUGAUCUGGGCGAGUGACGCCCGAUCAAGGAAGGAGCGUUUGAGCAUCAAUACAACCCUUCUCGACCGUGACUUCAACUCUGAUGGUAGGCUCCGCAGAAUUAGCUUUUCCCAUCCUUCCUCUCCGCAGGUUUCACCCAUAUCUGCGAGGGACACUGUCAAUGGUCGUCACCGUCUCAAGAGUAUGUCUAGUUUGGGAUCAUUGGCAGCCGUUGCGAAGAGUCAGAGAUCAGGGUUUAAAGGGCUCGCCGCUCGCAUGGGAUUGGCGCCCCCGAUGCCUUCACCGCUCGAAGCUGGUGGGGCUGGUUGGGGUAAAACAAACAAGAAGAGGAAACUGGUGAUCAGCGGUCUGAACGAGACGGAUGCGGCAGGCUAUGAGGCGGUUAGGUCCUGGUGUGAGGGCUUUGGUGAAGUGCGACACAUGAAGCGCAAGGCGAAUGGUUGCCUUCAUGUAGAUUUUAGAAAAGCAAGUGUGGCAGAGACGACUUUUCUCCUUCCACUCCCUCCUUGGCUCGAUCCUGUCCUUGUCCUGCAUCCGCUCUCUCCGGAAACAUUCACUCACGCUCGUAUUGCCACCCAGCGCUCCGCAACACCCAACACCAACUACACAAGUCUGUCAUGUAAAUACACUCUCUUUGGACACAACCCACGCUCCUUAUUGCAUGCAUACCGGAACUAUCUCACCCCUGACGCUCUUUGGACUCCUUUCACGCGUAGCGACAAGCGCACCCACCAUCCUUUAUUUUUCCUUUUGUCAUACGGCCCUUCACACUGGCCCACCACACUCCCUCGCGGUCUCAUCUCUGUUUUUCCCCCUUGGUUGGUUUGUUUGCGUGCCCUGUACCACCACCUCAUGCGUGUACUCUCCUGGUGUAUCUAUAUUCCGUGUACCAUUCCCCUAUUCGUCUCCACCGCUCGGCAAUCUCUACAGCGUCAAUCAAUCAGUGUUUCCUCAUCGCAUAUCACCUGGAUUCUCUCUCUCCUCUUCAUCUCUACCAACCACAUCAUUGUUCAUGAUGUAGGAUAG